GAUGCCACCGAAGACUAGCGGUAAAGCAGCCAAGAAGGCUGGUAAGGCCCAAAAGAAUAUUACGAAGGGAGAUAAGAAGAAGAAGCGCAGGAGGAAGGAGAGUUACGCAAUCUACAUCUACAAAGUGCUGAAGCAGGUUCACCCUGACACUGGUAUAUCCAGCAAGGCCAUGAGCAUCAUGAACAGUUUCGUCAACGAUAUUUUCGAACGUAUCGCUGCUGAAUCUUCACGGCUUGCUCAUUACAACAAGCGGUCUACAAUCACGUCUCGGGAGAUUCAAACUGCAGUAAGACUGCUUCUGCCUGGUGAACUUGCCAAGCACGCUGUUUCGGAAGGAACCAAAGCUGUAACCAAAUACACCAGCUCCAAGUAAGCUGCUUUCUUCGACUACCACCGGCCCUUUUCAGGGCCACAAAAUAUUUCAUCACAAAAGAACGUUCUGUACUAAUCGAAGUAAUAUACAAUAGUACUAG